AGCAUUUAAGCAUCAUUAUUGAGAAUUGAGAUAGCAGCAGGAGCAUCAAUAUGGGGGGGAAACACAACAAUCCCAUAGGAAGAAGAGAAAUUGUUGGAGAAGAUUGUCACUGUCCAUUACUACAAACCAAAACAGAUGACAAGGUUGUUGUUGAACUUCAACUUCAAAAUCAUGAUGGAUCCAAUUGUAAUAAUGGGUCAUCAGCAUCAUUUUCUGGGUCAGUCUUCAAUUUAUCAACAACAAUAAUUGGUGCUGGAAUCAUGUCCUUACCUGCAGCCAUGAAAGUGUUGGGACUAACCAUUGGUGUUGCUUCAAUCAUCUUCCUUGCUCUGCUUACACAUACUUCUUUGGAUAUUCUCAUGAGAUUCAGCAGAGUUUGUAAAGCUAAAAGUUAUGGAGAUGUCAUGGUGUAUGCUUUUGGAACUCAUGGAAGAUUGGUUCUUCAGACAUCUGUUCUUAUCAACAACUUUGGAAUCCUUGUUGUUUACAUCAUAAUAAUUGGUGAUGUACUUUCUGGAACAACUUCAACCGGAAUUCAUCAUUUUGGUGUACUGGAAGGAUGGUUUGGCGAGCACUGGUGGACAGGGCGUGCUUUUGUUCUUCUUGUAGCAACCCUUCUGGUAUUUACUCCAUUAGGAUUCUUUAAAAGGAUAGAUUCAUUAAGAUAUACUUCUGCUUUAGCAGUGGUUCUGGCAAUUGUUUUUCUUGUCAUAACUGCAGGAAUCACAUUGGUUAAAUUGUUUAAUGGAAGUAUAGAGAGUCCUAGGUUGCUUCCUAAUAUUACUGAUAUGACAUCUAUUUGGAAUCUCUUCACAGCAGUUCCAGUUCUUGUGACAGCAUUUGUUUGUCAUUACAACUUGCAUACAAUAGACAAUGAACUAGGAGACUCUUCACCAAUACAACCAGUUAUAUGUGCAUCCCUGGCUCUAUGUUCUACUAUAUAUAUCCUUACAGCUAUAUUUGGAUUCCUCCUAUUUGGUGAAUCAACUCUUGAUGAUGUACUAGCCAACUUUGAUACCGAUCUCGGCAUACCUUACAGCAAUUCGCUCAACGACGUCGUUCGUAUCAGCUACGCACUUCAUCUCAUGCUUGUUUUUCCGGUUAUCUUCUUUUCGCUUCGGUUCAAUUUGGAUGAUCUUGUGUUUCCAUCAGCCAGGUCAUUGGAAUUUGAUAAUUGUAGAUUUUCAUUGAUCACUACUGGACUCAUUUUUUUGCUCUAUGUGGCUGCAAAUUUUGUGCCUAGCAUUUGGGAUGUUUUUCAGUUCACUGGAGCAACUGCUACUGUUUGCCUUGGUUUUAUUUUCCCUGCUGCAAUUGCUCUAAGGGAUCCACAUAGUAUUGCAACUAAGAAGGACAAGGUUUUAUCCAUUGUAAUGAUUAUUCUGGCUGUUUUCUCAAAUGCUGUGGCUAUAUAUAGUAAUUCUGAUGCCUUGUUCAGAAGACACCAAUGAUUCACCAAAGAGCUGUAUGAUAUAGACAUUUAUAUUGCACAUGAAAUCUUCAUUUUUGUCAAAACACUUAUCAAGUGCUAAGAGUAUUCAUGAAUGAGAUUGGAUUCAUUUUGGAGAGAAAAAACAGUUUUAUCAGUCACUCA